UUGUAAUUUUGAUUAGAAGGCCAAAAAUACAAAACCCUAUAGGCUAUUAUAAAGUAAUGCAAGCGACACAAUAUAUAUUUUAACACUAAAGCGCAUAUAGCCUAGGCCUAUAAUCUGCUCAAUUCUUAGUUAUUAUUUGUAUUACACAAGUGAAAUGUAAAUUAUUUUCAUGAAUUUAUUACAGCCAAUAAUGUUCAUAAUCUAUGAACCGCAACAGUCCUUUUUGUUUAUCUCGUGUCUCCAUGAGGAGGCUGUUUUGUCAAAUGAUGUUAUGCAACACUGGCGAUACUCAUCUCCUGAGAUUUGGCAGAGAGGCACCUGUUUGUACCGAUGCUGUUUCUUCAGAGCCCGACACUGUGAACUAGCUACUUUAUACCACACGUUCACAUCAUGGAUAAUACUGGAUUCAGUUGGAAAUACCGGUUACUGUGUGGAUUAUGUGCUUUUCUCCACUUUCACGCGUCCAUCUCGGCGGAGUCCACCUGUAAACUGAAGGCCAAGUUUAACCUGAACGGCUACAGGAACGUAGAUAAGAAAAAGGUGGUCGUGGGAGGGAUGUUUCCCGUUCACCGCCGCACCGCCUCAGCCAAUACCAACAGCUCAUCCGUGCCGCUGUCCCUGGGAUGCGAGGGGUUUAACUUCCGGACGUUUCGUUGGACUCAGACAAUGCUCUUCGCCAUUGAUGAGAUCAACAAGCGGACAGACCUCCUCCCCGACACGGACCUGGGAUAUGUCAUCUACGACUCCUGUUUCACCAUCUCCAAGGCUGUGGAGGGCACCCUCACCUACCUGACGGGGCAGGAAGAGGCCGUGCCCAACUACCGCUGUGGCACAGGGGCUCCCCUGGCCGCUCUAGUGGGGGCUGGGGGGUCAGACCUGUCCAUCGCCACCGCACGCAUACUGGGACUCUACUAUUUCCCCCAGGUGAGUUACUCGUCGUCCUGCUCUGUGUUGGACAGUAAGUUCCAGUUUCCCACCUUUCUGAGGACCAUCCCCAACGACGUCUACCAGUCUGAGGCAAUGGCCCGCCUGGUGCUGCACUUCGGCUGGACCUGGGUGGGAACCAUCGCCGCAGACGACGACUAUGGGAAGUAUGGCAUCAAGGCCUUCAAGGAACAGGUGGAGGAGGCUGGGGUCUGCAUCUCUUUCUCUGAGACUCUGCCCAAGGUGAGCUCUCCAGAGGACAUCCGGCGUAUUGUGGAGACUGUGGUGGAGUCGACGGCUAAAAUCAUUGUUGUUUUCUCCUCUGAUGUGGACCUGAGCCCUCUGAUCCAGGAGCUGAUCCAACACAAUGUCACCAACCGCACCUGGAUCGCCAGCGAGGCCUGGGUCACCUCCGCACUCAUCAACCAGCCUGGGGUGAGUUCAUUGCUGGGUGGUACCCUGGGAUUCGGUCUGAAGCGUGCUGAGAUCCCCGGUCUCCAGCGUCACCUGCUAAACAUAGACCCCUACUCCAACCCGCUCACUGAGGAAUUCUGGGAAACGGCGUUCAACUGCACGCUGGACUACGGCCGGGCUCUGAGGCUGGCGAAAACAGCAGGGGGGGGCAACACAAGCCUGUCCAGGGCAGUCAGAGGGGUGCCUGAGGGUCUGUGUUCGGGACAGGAGUCCCUGGGGAAACUGAAUAAUACCUACUCUGACGUGACCCAGCUACGCAUCACAUACAGUGUGUAUAAGGCUGUGUACACUGUGGCCCAUGCCUUGCAUAACAUGGAGAUCUGUGAGCCUGGCCAGGGGCCCUUCAACAACAACAGCUGUGCUGACAUCACCAAAUUUGAGCCUUGGCAGUUGAUGUACUACCUGAAGAACGUGUGGUUCCACGUCCCCCACACCAAAGAACCUUUAUUCUUCCUGGACGGAGAUGUGGACGGCUACUAUGACAUCAUAAACUGGCAAGUGAAAGGUGACGGGGAGAUCUCCUACGUGACGAUUGGCCAAUUCAACAGCACAGCAGCCCCAGAUGCCAUGAUGACUAUUGACAAUGCAUCCAUAGUGUGGAACAAUGAUGAGCUGGAGACUCCGAGAUCAGUGUGCAGUGAGAGCUGCCAGCCUGGUACCAGGAAGGGGAUCAGGCAGGGGGAGCCCGUCUGCUGCUUCGACUGCAUCCCCUGUGCUGACGGAGAGAUCAGCAACGCCACAGACGCCAGGGAAUGUAUCCAGUGCACUGAGGAUUACUGGUCUAAUGCGGCCCGAGACACCUGCGUCCCCAAGACCAUCGAGUUCCUGGACUUCAGUGAACCCCUGGGCAUCACACUCAUAGUGAUAUCAGCCGUUGGAGCGCUGAUCACCCUGGGUGUGGGGAUGGUCUUCCUGGUCAACCUGGGUACUCCACUGGUGAAGGCCAACGACCCCAUACUGAGUUUCUCCCUGCUGUUCUCCCUGGUGGUGACGUUCCUCUCCUCCAUCGUCUUCCUGGGAGAGCCCCAGCCCUGGAGCUGCAUGACCAGCCAGGUGGGCCUGGCCCUGGGGUUUUCCCUCUGCCUCUCCUCCAUCAUGGGUAAGGCUGCAGUCCUUAUGCUCAGGGCCCGGGUUCUGAAGGCUGCCAGGUCCAAGGCCAAAGCCACUGCCAAGGCUGCAGCUCAGGCCGCCGCCGUUGACACCAGCCCUGAUGUCAUUGUCACCAAUGGCAACAUCAACAACAACAACAACGCCGUAACCGCUGGCAACCCCGAUGUGGACUCUCUCCGUCCCGCCCACCAGAGGGUCCUGGCUGCCAUUGCAACACUGAUCCAGGCCGUGGCGUGCACGGUGUGGCUCGUCAUCCUGCCACCGCACCCAGUCAAAAACACGGCGGCGCAGAACAUCAAGAUCAUCCUGGAGUGUGACCAGGGUUCUGUGGUCUUCAUCUGCUGUGUCUUCGGCUACGACAUCCUGCUGGCCCUGUUGGCCUUCGUCUUCUCCUUCAUAGCACGCAAACUGGAAGACAACUUCAGUGAGGCGAAGUGCUUGACCUUCGGCAUGCUGGUGUUCUUCAUCGUGUGGAGCUCCUUCGUCCCAGCCUAUCUCAGUACACGUGGUAAGUUCAUGGUGGCCGUGCAGAUCUUUGCCAUCCUGGCGUCCAGCUUCGGCCUGCUAGCCUGCAUCUUCCUACCCAAGUGCUACGUCCUGCUGGUCAAGCCCGAGUUCAACACGGAGGAUAUGAUGCGGCCGCGAUCCAAACCACGUGACGGGACUGGGACAGGGACCUCGGCCUCGCUUGCUACGGUGGCCACUGAAGUUCAAGCUACGACAGGCAAUGUUGAUUAUUAGGGUUAGGGAGGGACGCACAAACACACACAAACACACACUAUGGGCAGACAAAAACACUCAUCUGGAAGCACACUAGGGCCAGUGAAUACAGGACACGUUGCACUAACUAGGGACGACUCAGCAUUUCAUUGUGGAGUCUGUUUCCUAGUUUCCUGUGAUGUCAUAACACUCUAUGUAGUUUUUCGACUAAUGUAUACCAAUGGAGUUCUGAGAGAGUAGGACUACAACCAAACACAGUGCUGCAACAGAGAGAUAUCUAUGCUGACAUGGAUAUAUAUGGUAGAUGGAUAGGUCCCGUCCUUAUGAUAACUAUAUAUUUGACUUUAUUAAUGCUGUCCUGAUUUUUUUUGUUGUAUUUUUUUUAUGAAUUAGUUUGAGCCUUAGUUCGUUUUUUUUUUUUUAAACAGUCAUUGCUGCGCUGGCUUGCUAUGGUGGUAGAAAUACACUGUAUUUGUGAGAUCAUUUGAGAUGUCUCAGAAAGGUGGCCGUUAAAAAUGUAUUUGUUGUCAAAAUGUCACCUUUUGUACUGUGAAUUUAGAGGGAUUUUCAUUGAAUUAGCCUUUAUAUCAUAUUUGUAUAGGCACAUCAAUGUCUGAAUGUUUCUGUAUAGGAAUCUGCAUAAGUAGCCUAGUGAUCAUUGGAUCAUCCACACUGAUUGGAUGGAUCAUCCCCUCUGAUUGGGUGGAUCAUCCCCUCUGAUUGGGUGGAUCAUCCCCUCUGAUUGGAUGGAUCAUCCCCUCUGAUUGGAUGGAUCAUCCCCUCUGAUUGGAUGGAUCAUCCCCACUGAUUGGAUGGAUCAUCCCCAAUGAUUGGAUGGAUCAUCCCCACUGAUUGGCUGAUUGGAUGGAUCAUCCCCAAUGAUUGGAUGGAUCAUCCCCACUGAUUGGAUGGAUCAUCCCCAAUGAUUGGAUGGAUCAUCCCCACUGAUUGGCUGAUUGGAUGGAUCAUCCCCAAUGAUUGGAUGGAUCAUCCCCAAUGAUUGGAUGGAUCAUCCCCAAUGAUUGGAUGGAUCAUCCCCAAUGAUUGGAUGGAUCAUCCCCUCUGAUUGGAUGGAUCAUCCCCAAUGAUUGGAUGGAUCAUCCCCACUGAUUGGCUGAUUGGAUGGAUCAUCCCCUCUGAUUGGAUGGAUCAUCCCCUCUGAUUGGAUGGAUCAUCCCCUCUGAUUGGAUGGAUCAUCCCCUCUGAUUGGAUGGAUCAUCCCCACUGAUUGGCUGAUUGGAUGGAUCAUCCCCUCUGAUUGUAAAUGUUCUCGUAGGGAAGUAAAGAUGUAUUGUUAACAUGGCCUGCCUGUCCUUUAUUUGACUUGAAGUUUACUUGCUUUCCUUUACUGAAAGUGGAUUGUAAAGUAGGGAUAUUGUUACAGUGGUGGGCAAUGAGCCAACGAGAGGCAGGUUGGCUACAGGUGGCAAUCAACGAUUUACAUAUACACUAGAGGACUAGAUUUAAGCCACCGUGACUCCAUCUUGGCACUCCACCAACGUUGUAAAAUAUAUUUUGGAAGCUAUUGAAAUGCAUUUAUCAAGGUCUACAUUUAUUUUUUGCCACU